AGUCCAAUUUAUUUUUGUUCUUGCUAAACAUCAGGUGGCUGGGGUGGGGAGGGACUGUGCUUGCCUGUUCCAACACAGUUGGUAAAGGUGGAAUGAUUCAGCAGAGACACAGACAGGCACAAAACAGCGGAGGGCUAUCUGAAUGGUGGAAGCUACUGGUGCCAAGCAGCACUAGCCCACACCGGGGGCUCUGCUCUUCAUUCAUUCCAUUGUUGGCCGCGACGCGUCUGCGCCGUAUGCAAAUGAGGCGGGCGGCGGGAUCCAAUAGGAGGGGCGGGGCGGGGCGAGCAGCCCGGCUACAUUAGCGCUACAUGAGAGUGUUGCGGCGCUGGGAGAGAGAGAGAGAGAGAAAGAGGGGCCGGCGGGGGAGAGCCUGAGUGAUCCUGAGCAGCUCUGAGAGGGACACACACACAUACACACACUGCAACAGCCCCGGGGCUCCUCUGCACGUUCCCUCUGUCAGUAACCCCAGGCCGGCUGGUUACCCCUCCGAGACUGAUGCCAGCAGCAAGAGGCGCCGGGAGUGCAAGAAUGCAAACAGUUCUUUCACAGUCCAGCCACCUUCAGGUGUCUGAGGCAAAAUAAGAGAUUUUGGGGGGUGGGGGGGUGUCUUUUUGUUGGGGUGGGGGGAGGUGGAGGAGCUGGUAAAAGAAGGAACCUGGCCUCAGUCGGUUUCCUGGAGGGAGGUGGGAAAAAAAAGAACUCCUUGUUUGUUUACUUGGGAUCUGGACUUUAAAGAGGGACAGAGAAGGCAGGUUGUCAAAGGACUUGCAGCAAUUACACGCACAUUAGCAGCUAGUGCUUCUCGGGUGCCUCUGAAUGAGGACGAGCUUCUCCACCCCCACCUCCCCCCCCCACCCCCGGACCUCAGUGAAUCUCCUGACUGUCAGUGACAGCCUGAUGGAUGCUUGAAAGGAAAUCAAUAUCUAGCGUUGUACGCGGCGCCGUCUGUGGAAUCAUCUGGGGCUGUUGUGGUCGAGCGAUCCGAAGCUAUUCGGUGACAUUGGCUGAGAAUUCGGAGCCUCGCCUGAAGGUGCUGGGGAUACAGAAGGCGCUGUCGAUUGACGGUGUUAUUGUGUGUGUGUGUGUGUUGUGAAUUUGCAGCGACUGUGGGGAAGAGAUAGACCGCUCGCUUUUACACACAUACACACAGGAACAAACCCAGGCGUUGGUACAAAGUUGGGAGAGAGAGCGAACCGGUCGCACCAGCAAGGCGGAUUGGAGACGAGCAACUUGUCUUUUUGUUUAAAGCUUUCCACGCUUUUUUUUUACCGUUUAAAAGUUUGCCUCCACCGUUACUUCCCCCCCCCCCCCCACCCACUUCCACUCACACACAAAAAAGAAGCCACGAUGAACGCGUUUGGAUUCUGCAGGAUUUCCUCCUGGUUUCUCCUUGUGAUCGGGACGAGCUCUUGGAUGGAAGUUGCCGGUCAAGUUUGCCCGAGUCACUGUACCUGCGCCGGGCCGGCUGUGGAUUGUCAUGGACUGGGACUGCGCUCUGUCCCCAAAAGCAUCCCUAGGAACACCGAGAGACUGGAUUUGAAUGGGAACAACAUCACAAGAAUCACCAAAUCAGCCUUCUCGGGAUUGAGACAUAUGCGAGUUCUACAGCUCAUGGAAAACCAAAUAACCACCAUUGAGAGAGGAGCCUUUCAGGAUCUGAAGGAGCUGGAAAGACUCCGCCUGAAUAGAAACAACCUACAGGUUUUGCCAGAGUUGCUUUUCCUGGGAACUCCGAAGCUCUACAGACUUGAUUUGAGCGAAAACCACAUUCAUGCUAUUCCAAGGAAGGCUUUCCGAGGAGCUGUUGACAUCAAAAAUUUGCAACUGGAUUACAACCAGAUCAGCUGCAUUGAGGAUGGAGCGUUCAGGGCUCUGCGUGACCUGGAAGUGCUUACCCUUAACAAUAACAACAUUUCCCGACUCUCAGUGGCAAGCUUCAACCACAUGCCCAGACUUAGAACCUUCCGACUCCAUUCAAACAACCUGUACUGCGACUGCCAUUUAGCAUGGCUUGCUGAUUGGCUGCGGCAGCGCCCUCGGGUUGGGCUGUACACUCAGUGCACAGGGCCUGGGCACCUGAGGGGCCAUAAUGUUGCAGAAGUGCAAAAGAAGGAGUUUAUUUGCUCUGGUCACCAGAGUUUAACAACGCAGUCCUGCAGUGUCCAUUCAAAGUCUUGUCCAUCGGUCUGCACAUGUAGCAACAGUAUUGUGGAUUGUCGUGGCAAGGGUCUGACUGAGAUAUCGAGCAAGCUUCCAGAGAGCAUCACGGAAAUACGACUGGAGCAAAACUCAAUCAAAACCAUCCCCCCUGGAGCCUUCUCACCCUACAAGAGGCUGCGAAGAAUAGACCUGAGCAACAAUCACAUUUCAGAAAUUGCACCAGAUGCUUUCCAGGGACUGAGGUCACUUAAUUCCCUCGUGUUAUAUGGAAAUAAAAUCACAGAGCUGCCUAAAGGCCUUUUUGAGGGACUCUUCUCUCUGCAGUUACUGCAUCUGGCUCAGAACCCAUUUAUUUGUGAUUGCCAUCUGAAAUGGCUUGCGGACUACCUGCACGCAAACCCCAUUGAAACAAGUGGUGCCCGCUGUACCAGUCCUCGCCGCCUGGCAAACAAGAGGAUCGGGCAGAUCAAGAGCAAGAAGUUCCGCUGCUCAGCAAAAGAACAAUAUUUCAUUCCAGGCACAGAGGAUUACAGAUCCAAACUCAGCGGAGACUGCUUCCUGGAUCUUGCUUGCCCUGAAAAGUGUCGAUGUGAGGGAACCACAGUGGACUGCUCCAAUCAAAGACUUGCGAAAAUUCCUGAUCACAUCCCUCAGUACACUGCAGAGUUGCGCCUUAAUAACAAUGAGUUUACAGUGUUGGAAGCCACUGGGAUCUUCAAGAAACUCCCUCAGCUCCGUAAAAUAAACUUGAGCAAUAAUAAGAUUACAGAUAUUGAGGAGGGUGCAUUCGAGGGAGCUAGCGGUGUGAAUGAAUUGUUACUGACAGGCAACCGCUUGGAAACUGUGCACCGCAAAAUGUUCAAAGGAUUGGACAGUCUUAAAACAUUGAUGCUGAGGAGCAAUAAAAUUGGUUGUGUCAGCAAUAACACGUUCACAGGCCUGAGUUCUGUUCGCCUGCUCUCUCUCUAUGACAAUCAGAUAACCACCAUUUCUCCAGGAGCAUUUGACACUCUCCAUUCUCUGUCUACAUUAAAUCUGCUAGCCAAUCCCUUUAACUGCAAUUGUCAUAUGGCCUGGUUGGGUGAAUGGCUGAGAAAGAAACGCAUCGUCACCGGAAACCCUCGUUGCCAGAAGCCCUAUUUCUUGAAGGAAAUUCCUAUCCAGGAUGUGGCAAUCCAGGACUUCACAUGUGAUGAUGGAAAUGAUGACAACAGCUGCUCACCCCUUGCCCGGUGCCCAGCCGAAUGCACAUGCCUUGAUACUGUGGUUCGUUGCAGUAACAAGGGACUGAAGACCUUACCCAAGGGCCUCCCUAAGGAUGUUACCGAACUGUAUUUGGAUGGAAAUCAGUUUGUGAUGGUGCCCAAAGAACUCACCACCUUGAAGCAUUUAUUACUUAUUGAUUUAAGUAACAACAGAAUCAGUACACUGUACAACCAGAGCUUCAGCAACAUGACAGAGCUCCUGACCUUAAUUCUGAGUUAUAACCGUCUGAGGUGUAUUCCAGUUCGAACGUUCGAUGGGUUGAAGUCCCUCCGUUUAUUGUCUUUGCAUGGAAAUGACAUCUCAUCUAUUCCUGAAGGAGCUUUUAAUGACCUUUCAUCACUGUCACAUUUGGCCCUUGGUGCGAACCCUUUGUACUGUGACUGCAACAUGCAAUGGUUAUCUGAUUGGGUGAAGUCAGGCUACAAAGAACCAGGCAUAGCUCGCUGUGCUGGACCUGGUGACAUGACAGAUAAACUACUGCUCACCACUCCUUCAAAGAAAUUUGAAUGCCAAGGUCCCAUUGACAUCAACAUUCUAGCCAAGUGUAAUCCUUGUCUUUCCAAUCCAUGUAAAAAUGAUGGUACAUGCAACAAUGACCCAGUGGAUUUCUAUCGGUGCACCUGCCCAUAUGGAUUCAAGGGACAAGACUGUGAUGUUCCUAUUCAUGCCUGUGUUAAUAGUCCAUGCAAAAAUAGCGGAACUUGCCACCUUAAAGAGGGAGAAAAAGAUCAGUUCUGGUGCUCAUGUGCAGAUGGCUUUGAAGGUGAAGAGUGCACUAUAAAUAUUGAUGACUGUGAGGACAAUGAUUGUGAGAAUAAUUCCACCUGCAUUGAUGGAAUCAAUAACUACACUUGCCUCUGUCCACCUGAAUAUACAGGUGAGCUAUGUGAAGAGAAACUGGACUUCUGUGCCCCGGAGCUGAACGCUUGUCAGCACGACUCCAAAUGUAUCAUGACUCUCAAGGGAUUCAAAUGUGAGUGCACACCUGGAUAUGUCGGUGAACAUUGUGACAUUGACUAUGACGACUGUCAGGAGAACAAGUGUAAAAACAAUGCACAGUGCAUCGAUGCAGUGAAUGGGUACACAUGUAUCUGUCCAGAAGGUUACAGCGGUCUGUUUUGUGAGCUGACCCCACCAAUGGUUUUACCUCGCACCAGCCCCUGUGAUCAUUUUGAAUGCCAGAAUGGAGCUCAGUGUAUUGAAAUUGGAAAUGAGCCAGUUUGCCAAUGUUUGGCUGGUUAUGAAGGCAACAAGUGUGAAAAAUUGGUUAGUGUGAACUUUGUCAACAGAGAUUCCUACCUCCAGAUUCCCUCACCAAAUAUACAGCUUCAGCCUAAUAUCUCUCUCCAGGUUGCUACAGAUGAAGACAAUGGGAUAUUGCUGUACAAAGGGGACAGUGAUCACAUUGCUGUGGAGCUUUUCCGUGGGCGGGUACGUGUCAGCUAUGACACUGGUACCUAUCCAGCAUCAGCCAUUUACAGCGUGGAAACAAUCAAUGAUGGCAACUUUCACAGUCUGGAGCUGGUAGCAGCUGAUCAAAUGUUAAGCCUCGUGAUAGAUGGAGGAAAUCCUAAAACUAUUAACAAUUUAGCCAGACAAUCCACACUCAACAUAGACUCCCCUCUCUACGUUGGAGGUAUGCCGACCAAGGCAAACUUUGCAGCUCUGCGCCAAGGACCAGGCCAAAAUGGUACCAGUUUCCAUGGCUGCAUUCGCAAUUUAUAUAUUAACAACGAGCUGCAGGACUUUAAGAAAGUUCCAAUGCAGAUUGGCAUUCUGCCAGGCUGUGAACCCUGUCAGAAGAAGAUGUGCCAGCAUGGUACGUGCCACGCCAUUGGCCAGUCCAGCUUCACCUGUGAAUGUGAAGGAGGUUGGACAGGGACCCUUUGUGACCAGCAAACAAAUGAUCCAUGUCAGGGCAAUAAGUGUGUACAUGGUAUUUGUGUGCCCAUCAAUGCCUUCUCGUACAGCUGUAAAUGUCAGAUGGGUUUCAAAGGUGUACUGUGUGAUGAAGAAGAGGAGCUUUUUAAUCCCUGUCAGAACAUCAGGUGUAAACAUGGCAAAUGUAGGCUUUCAGCUGUUAGCAGACCUUAUUGUGAAUGUAAUAGUGGAUACACUGGAGAGAACUGUGACAAAGAAAUUUCCUGUAGAGGGGAACGAAUCCGAGAUUACUACCAGAAGCAGCAAGGUUAUGCCGCUUGCCAAACAACCAAAAAGGUCUCGCGGUUAGAGUGCAGAGGUGGAUGUGACAAUGGGCAGUGCUGUGGUCCUCUGAGAAGCAAGCGACGGAAAUACAGUUUUGAAUGCACUGACGGCUCUUCAUUUGUGGAGGAGGUGGAAAAAGUCGUGAAAUGCGGCUGCUCGCGAUGUUCUUUGUAAAAGCUUCAAACGCUUGCCCUUUUUCAAAACAAUGUGCACCUGGUGACUGUGUGGGACGUAUUUUUGCUUCCAUGGUGGAGAUAUUUGAAUUAUAUUGUAAAAUACAGAACAGACUUAUUUUUAUUAUCAGAAAAUGACUAUUUUCUUCAUUUUCAAAAAUGUUUCAAGUCUUUUUGACUGAAAGUUGUUGCAACACGCAUAAAAUGUUUGUCAGAAGCCAAACCAUUUUGGACUGGAUUUUGACUUUUCCUGACUUGGCUAAAGGAAGUUUUCAAUAUUUUGACAUCCAGUGGACAGUAGAAGUGAAGUCCAAAGGAGGAAUGUGCCACCGUAAGUGAGUGAUGUUUAUUUGAAGAAGAUGACAAGCUGCAAGUCACAUCAGUUCAUCUUCAACACAGAGACACAGAUGUAACUGUGCUGUAAGGUCAUGAGUCAAGAAUGUGUAUCGAUGAAGACGCCCAGAACUUCUGCUGCCCUUUCACAUCUUGAAUAUGUGGACAGUUAUUUUUUUCUCCCCAGUAUAAUGUGUACAUUAGCAUAUUCGAGCUUACAAAGUGUUUUAGCAAGCCUUGUUUCCAGUAUUAAUUCUUUGUAAUAUAAUUAUAAAUGGGGACUAUACAACCAAUAGAGAAUUGAUGUAUGGAUUACUUAGUUGGAUAAAGUUUUGUGGUUUUCUUUUGAAAUGAGUUUACGCAGUAUUCAAGAUAUCAUUACGAAGUAUUUAUUGUAUCAAAAAACUUGUACCUAACUUUGCUAGAUCUUCUCUUUCACUCCAUUUUUGAAUCUUUAAUAUAUAUUAAUUUAUAUUUCGUCCUCAUAUUUUUGUAUGUUAAAAACAUUAAAAAAAGAUUGCAGUUUUUUAUUUUUAUUUUUUGGGGGGAGAUAGACUAACUAACAAUCUAGCAUGUCCUCUCGGGGUGAAUUGUCUUGUUAUCUUUUUGAUCAGCUGUGUCUCCCGUAAUCCUGACCAAUGACAUUGCUUUGGUUUACAAAGCCUGGGAAAUAACCUCAGCCUAACAGUGUCAGAUGUAACAAGCCAGUGUAUAUUUUGUGAAUUCUGCUGAAUUUGAACCUACUUUGACAAACUAGAGUUCUUUUUGUUAUAGAAGUGAUUUUUUUUUUCAACCUCCACCUCCCCUUUAUCCCUCUCCCCUGAAAUUUAGUAAAGGUAAAUUAAAACACGUGCUGUUUUCUGGCAGAUGAACAAGUUUUUACAUAUCAGGAUAUUGUUUGGAGUUCCUCAAUUUUCUAACUGACUGUAAAUUCAGAAUUGUCUCCUUUUCUUGACUAUUGAAAUUACAUGUCAGCCUGUUGUUCUCCUACAGUAACUUGUUGCUGCUAAACCACAGACUUAGAGUUGAUAAAUUUAAGUAGCUGGGCUGUGCUCUUUACAAAUUAAAGAAUGGGAAUGCCUGUGUAAAUACAAUUCGGUUUCCUUUGUUUUUUUCCUGAAACUGGUUACUGUACAUGUUGACUGAUAUCAGUGAUGCUACUGAUGUUUGUAAAUUAAAUCAAAUAUUAACUUCAGUCAGAUGUACUCUUGCAUUUAUUGAUUGGUUGUGUAAAAAGUAAAGACGAAACCCACUUUUUGCCUCAUUCCAUCCUUGCUUUUAACAACUCAAAGGGAAAAGUAUAAAUGCACUAAUCUCUGAGCCUCUAAUCGCUGUUUUAGAUUGGGCAAGGUUUAAUUAUUCUGGAUGGUUGUCUGAAACUGGAGUCCUCAUUCAAUUAUUUAAAGGUACUACACCACUCUUCAGCCCUGUAAUAAUAAUUUGAACUGUUGUCACAACGAAUAAAGCCCGCCCAGGAACUCUUGGCACCAACAAUAGCAUUAUAAGGUGCGCCAGUGUUAUUUAGAGAGAUCUUUGUUCAAGUCAGAUAAGCUUCUAGCUAGAUUUUCUAGGCUGCCCCUGGAAUUAUAGGCCUCAUAUUUAAUUUUGUUGGAUCCUGGAGCUCUGUGGAUGUGGGCUUGGGGAGUGACAUUUUGGGAAGCACAAGUCUAACUCAGUAAUCUGUGUGCUGUGUGGUCUACUGGUCAGAAUGUGGGAGUAGGCAGAUUGCAGAAGUCCACAGUGUUGACAGGAGAGGGUGAAAGAGAGGAGGCACGGGAGGCAUAUGUCACAUGAGUCUUUCACAGUUAGACAUCUUAACUCUAUUUGAGAAAAACAUUGAUCCUAGCACCUCUGCUUCACUAGAGAGGCUUUGACAUAGAUAAGCCACCUUUUGCAGCACUAACAUGAAAGUGUAGCAUUCUUGGUAGUGGGUAUAAAGGUUACUGCAGCUCUCAACGACCACACCGCAGAGUCACUCCACUCUACAGCAAGUGGUAUCAUCUAUUUUCAGUUGAAUGUUGGAUCAGGAAAAAGCUUUGAACCUUGCCCUAAUUGAAGGCUGUCGACAAAUUCACCACAUAAUUGGUUGUGUCCAUGUAGCUUUUGCAUGCUCCAUCCAAAGAACACAUCCUUUUUACAAUUAGUAUACAAGUACUGACAGUGCUUCAGGCAGAACUGUGCUCCAUUUCCUUGCAAACGUUAUGAUGCUCCAAUCCUUAUCCAUUGUAUUGUGUGUCCUCUCUUCUACCCAGAUUAUCAGAUGUCAGGCUGUUUGUUUGAGGGUGAGAGAAAUCCUGAAUGCAUGGAUCAUGACACUUCUCAGGAUCCUGAAUACAGAGACUGAUAAGUGAUACACAUAGUUGCACCUCUUCCAGAGUUCUAAUCAAAUAGACAGUUGGCAAACUGAAACAAAGGAUUCAUUUCCUGGAUAUGUCUGGAGUCAUCUGACAGCCCCCAAGUCCAAUGUAGAAAGCUGUGUACUAUAUAAUUUUAACUUUGCAAAGCCAACAAGUACUUGAGGACAAAGUGGAGGCACAACAGCACAAGGGUUACAAGGAAGCUGAGAAUGAGCAAGACUAAAUAUGCCAGGAGCCUGAGAUCUCUAGGGCAACAAAAAACAGUUUUGUUGAAGUAGCCACCACCUGACACUCUGUGCACUCUGGUUCUGAUGCCUGAAAUGUUGACUCUGCUGCUCCUCGGAUACUGACCUGCUGUGCUUUUCCAGCGCCACACUUCUUGACUCCGACUGUCUGGCAUCUGCAGUCCUCAGUUUCUCCUAAACACCAACUGUCCUUACACCCACCAGAUGAAUGCAUUCAGAUUAUAACCACCUAGAGUGCUGGGUAGCAGUAAACACAUUAUAACGCUCAUGCAGCAAAACUCUAUAAUGAUAAAGAGGUUCAUAAUGAUUCACUUAUGCAUUGGAUAAAGUGAAAUUUAAAAGUUAAUAAUCACAAUUGUAUAAGCACUCAGCCAACUUUCAAUGCUUGUUUACCCUUUUUAGUGCUUAGACAAGAUACUUUCCUAAUACCUACAACAUGGGAAUAAAAGUCUGAUGAACUUCCAUUGAGAACAUUUGACAUGGCUAGCGCAUGUGAUCCUUACUAAUUCUAACCAUGAAAUAAUCUGCUCAGACUGCAGUGCUUCAGCUACUGGCACAGUCUGACCCAGUUGGCUAAUUGACAUUAACAUAGGUACUGCAUGUAAGGGCAGCAGGUGAAGACAUGUUGUUGUACUUGCAAAGAGUCGCACUUUAAUCCCUACCACCCCAACAAGAUUUGAUAUAUUAGUCCCAUGAUUUGUCAGUUCAUCAGCAGCAAUAUUUGAGAUUAAUUGUACUAUACAGAGAUGCCCAGUUAAUUCUAUUUGUAUACAAUUUUAUCUUCAAAUAAAGAUCACACAUUGUUUCACGAA